GUGAUGUUACAGUUUGUGAGAUGACGGCUGUGACAGACUUCACCUCAGUUUUAACAAUCCCGCCCAGCUUCACCACACACUGACUCACACAGAACAGAGGAAAUGAGCUGAGCUAAAGCCUCCUGACACAGACACUUGAGAAGAAGGGAAACAGAGACACUAUGGGAGCAUCUUCCUCUGGUUUGUUGGAUGAGGCCAAAAUCAGCCACAUUAAAGGCCUCGUGGACAGUACAGUCCAGAGCUUCAGUGUGUUUUACCGUCAGCAGUACUCGUCAGCCUACUGUGGACACCUACACCAGGAGGUGGAGCCUAAGAAAGAGGGGAGGGGCCUGUUGCUCACUCACAGGCCUCAGCAUGCUCCAGAGGAGGUGCUGUACCAAAGCAGUGUUAAGUUCUCCUCCUGGGAGGAGCAGGGAAAGAAAUUCAGAGAGAGGUACGCCGUGCUGAGAAGAAACUACAAAGUGGAGAUACAUGAAAACGUGGAGACGUUCAAUCGUGGAGGUGCUCCUAAGUUGGUCCUCCAGCCAGUGGGGGGCAGCGUGCUGACCACACAGGAGGAGUCCAGAGCUCACCUGGAGAAAGUCUGUGCUGGAAUACUCAAUGGAGUGAAGGAGGAUUCUUCUUCGGUGGUGUCAUCUCCAGAUGUGUUUGCCGUGUAUCUGCACCUGCCUUACACAGGCCACGCCUGCUUCCUGUUUCAACAGGAAGAGGAACGAGAUCACUUCCUGUCUGCCCUCAAGACCUGCAUCAGACAUUGCAACCUUGAUCCCUGGUGUGAAGCGUCCUAUGAGAGCCAGGCGUUCACCCGAGCCCUCCGCCUCUACCGUCAGGACAAAGCAUGCUAUGAAUCCUGGGAAAUGCUGCUGGGCACUGAGGAGCAAGUGCUGGCCUCCCAAGUGAUGGAGGAAGUGUUGCCAUGGUUACAGAGUCAGCUUCAGUCCAGAGUGAAGGGCAAGAAGGCUGAGAGGAUCCGACAGUGGUUGGCGACAGUGCAGGCAACCUACACACUGGUGCUGGAGCUGCUAACAGCAAAUUUGGAGGCUCUAAAGGAGAACUGUCGUCAGACAGCGUCAGACAAUCAGGCGCUCAUCAGAUCCAACCUGGACCAGAUAAUGUCCUCUCUGUGCUUCCUGGAAGAGAAAGUCAGAGGGUGUAUACGUGAAGAAGCAGAGACAGUGUACAGUGAAUCUGUAGCCCCCUACAUGUCUUCCAUACUUGAGGCUCUUACAGAAAACAUCAGUGCAGGGAUUCAGGGGAUGCAACACACACUGCACACACAGAUGGACUCAGCCUUCACACACACAGACGGAGGGACAGAGGAGACAAAGAAGGCUUUGUCCACUCUGCGCUCCAUCAGUCUGGAUCAGUGCUACAGGCAGGUGGAGAACCUGAUGGAGAAACUUGGAGACUUGAGGCAGAGGUUUGGACUGAGCAGCGCUCAGAGACUGGUUCACUCUGUACAUCUGGAGAUGGAGCAGCUGUUGGACAGUGCUGUCUACACCUUAGAGCUGUUCCUCCAAUCAUCAGCCAGGCUGCAGCCCACUCAGAUUCCUGUCAAGAUGGAGAGAGCUAAAGAAAGGGUACUGAAGCAGCUGGACUAUGACAGCAGAGUGGUCCAGAGGAGGCUCUAUCAGGAAACUCUGCUGGAGAUCACUCUGCCUGCUCUCAGCAGGAAGAUGGACAGCAAGUGGAAGAGUGAGCUGCAGCAGUUUGAGCAGUACAUUUUCUCUGACUACAGCAGCUUCAUCCUGGUUCAGAAUGUCUACGAUGAUGUACUGAGAAACAUCCUCAGUAAGGAGAUAGAGACAGUGGUCCAGGAUGCUGCCAGUAAGAAGAGCAAUAAUCUCCUGUUGGACAUUUCAGACCUGGCCAUCAGUCAGUACAGCCUGUUGGGACAGACUCCUCCUUGCUCUGUACCAGGCAGCCCGGCUGUUCACAGCCGAGACUCGUCCUCAGCUGUGGCGGAGGAGGGAGUUCAGACAGUCACAGCUCCCCCUCAGCCUGACCCAGAGCUUCACCCCGAAGACAAACCUGAUCCCAGUACCACUCAAAGUUCAGAGCGGAGCACGGUGCCUCUGUCUCCUGUGAUUGUUGUGACGCAGCAGGCUGAUGAAGCUGCAGUCGAGGACGCCCCUGACCUCCAGGAAAUCCAAGAAGACGUUCAGCCUGGAGCUGAUCAGCCGUCGAUGACUGAUUCGACUACAGCUGAAUCUUCCAGCUCGGCCACACCUGACUCUGACGCAGCUCUAACACAAGAGGCAGGACCACCUGACUCCCCUACUAUCUCUGAACCCACUAAUCCUAUCCCAGACUCUCCUGAGCCAACGGAGUCCACCCUGUCCCCGCUGCAGUCCACAGAUGUCCUGGCUGAAUGUGCUCAGAGCGAUCAGUCUGCGACGCCUGAAACUUCUGCCAACUCACAUCACAUGUCAGAGGACGCCUCCUCCGUCCAGCCCUCCUGCCCCUCACCACCACACUCAUCUUUCACAGACAGUCCCAAGAGAAUCAGCCUCGGGUCACUGAACGAGGCGAUUGGUUUGAACUCCACAACCCCUGGUGUAACGCAGAUGAUGGCACAGCAGACGACUGACAGAGCUGUCUACCUGACGGGAGGGAUCAAGGACAGCUGGGAGGUGGAGAGGCUUAAAGAGAAGAAACAGAAAGAGGAAGAGGAGAAGACUGAAGGGAGGGUAGAUGAUGAAGACAAGGGUAGUGAGCUUGAGACAAGAAAGGAAGACGAGGAAGAGGAAGCAGAGGAGAAUGGAGAUCAUGCAGAAAUAGAAAAGGAAGAUAAAGAGGAAGAUAAAGAGGAAGAGGAAGAUAAAGAAGAAGAGGAAGAUAAAGAGGAAGAGGAAGAUAAAGAGGAAGAGGAAAAGGAAAAUAAAGAGGAAGAGGAAGAUAAAGAAGAAGAGGAAGAUAAAGAGGAAGAGAAAAGGAAGAAAGAGGAAGAGGAAAAGGAAAAUAAAGAGGAAGAGGAAGAUAAAGAAGAAGAGGAAGAUAAAGAGGAAGAGGAAAAGGAAGAUAAAGAGGAAGAGGAAAAGGAAAAUAAAGAGGAUAAGGAGGAGGAACUCCUCCAAAACUCUCAGCCAAUGGAAUCAGAGCCAGAAGGUUCUGCUGAGCUGCCACUGGACAGUGUGGCCAUCAUCAGAGAGCUGGUGACAGAGGUCACUGAGGUGGAUAUGGUCAUCAGCCCCUGUCCCAACAGCAGCGAUACACCCUGACAGACACAUAACCAUGACAACCACAGAUCCUAACGACGGGAGGAUCAGUCAGAGAGGAAAAGGGAGGAUGACUGGGAGUCCAGGAAUAAAGUAUUACUGCAUCGUUUCUUCAGACAGAAAUGUUGUUUCUCUGGUGACUGUUGUUUUCUUGUUUUAUUCCUGCUGUUUACAUCUGCUAUUUACUUUUCUGCUGAUAACGGCACAAUAAAGAUUUUAAACUUG